UAUCCCUUGCUACAACCGUUUGAACCGUUGCUGCCGUUGACAGAGCACUCUACGCCCGUAUUUCGCGUAAUCUUAUCGAAAUGUGCCCAAUGUUGAAUGUGAUUUGUGUAUUCAAUCAGUGAAUUUUAAAUAAUCAUACAGGUCAGCCGAAUUAAGUGUACUGUCUGAAUUUUAGCUCUGCGCUAUGAAAACGAACAGCCAAGCCAGUGUUUUUGUACUUUUUGUGUCGGUGGUCGAAGAGCGGCUUCGGUGCAGGGUUACCUUUACCAUGUGCGUCAGGUAGUGUUUUGCUCGUAUUAGUUUGUCCACAAACUAAUAAUGUUGGCGCGUAGAUACAGUGGUGAGCACUGAGUGAGUGAGGCGUGGUGUUUUGGUGAUUCAUAGUGCGUUGUGAGGAUAUGAAGGUGACGGUGUGCUUUGGAGCUGUGCGGGUGCUGGUACCCUGCGGCGCCGGCGACCUGCUGGUUCGGGACCUAGUGCGGGAAGCCACUCAUCGCUUCAAGAAAGCUACAGGACAGGGCCCCGAAACAUGGGUGGGAGUGCGAGCGCUGCGCGCCAGCUCCGGCGGCAUCCUGGACCCGGACGACCGGGUGCGCGACGUGGCGGACGACCGCGAGACGCUCACCGCCGAGUGCGCAGCCCAGGCGCCGGCGCCGCGGGCGGCGCAGGCCGACGGCGCCAGCGGCUCCAGCGCGGGUACCGCGUCCCCGGACAUGUUCCGAGGCGGCGGCGGCGUCGGCGGCAGUAUGCGUGUGCCCAACUCCGAGUCGUGCGUGGAGGUGGGCGCGGCCGACCUCGAGGACGGUGCCAACGGGCUGCAAGUCCGGCGCGGCAGCGAACCCACCCUGCACCAGGACACGUUACCUCCACAACGAACGGCCACAGAGCAGACAAAACGCUGGUCAGCAGCGGUAGUCUGCCGGGAAGACAACAGAACAACACAGAAAGUGCACCCUUUGCCGGAUGGUCGACCACCAGACCCUGACAGACUCAAUCCCGGACACUUCCAGCGGCAAACCAAUAGGCUCUCCAUGCAGUUCUCCGGACCUGGGAGUGGAAUAUGGCUAGACGCAGCGGACAGAGUGCAGAGCUACGGCAGCAAGAGCUUACCCCGCGACGCGAGAAGGGAACCCCUCGGGCAGGACACGUCGGGCGACACCCCCCGGGUCGAAGACAUGUUGCGAUGGGUGUCGGGUGUCAACAACGUCGCCAGCGUUCAUCCGCAGGAGCGCCCACUUGAUCUCUUACCUGAGGGUAUGUUUAUGAUUCAUCUAGAAAUUACUAGAGAACCGAUCAGCUGCAGCUAG